AUGGCAAAGUUAUUCGACAUAAACGCAAAGCUGCCCUUCAACGAGGCUACCGAAGCAAGACUGCGUAUGGAUAUGGAAAUAUACCUGGACAAGGCUGAAAGGAUGGCGAAGAAGGACUUCGAGCCAUGCAACCCAGUCGCCAACAUCAACUAUUUCGACAUUUUCAAUGUGUGCACUAAAGUUCUCGAUACCUUCGGAACUAUACUCUACGAGAACUUGAAGGUGAGCCCAGAGGAUACGGUUGUUCUGGGCAGUAAGAUGGUGGAACCGGUUCUGAAGACGGUGGACGAAAGCCGAAACAAGGGUAGAUCAGUGAGGAAGAAUUUGCGACACCAACCACUUCUCAAAGACGCUAUCAGUGCAUUUGACAAGGUGGAUAGGAACAUGGCACUUCAGUACCUUUGCUGGGAGGCUUGA